CAGAGGCGGUCCAGGACGUCCCUGGCCGGGCCACUGAAAGGUGCUCAGGAGGACACAUGGAGCUCCCACCCUCCAGUCCCGUCCACAACUUCUCCGAUGCAUUUGGGACGCAGCGCGCAUGCACACGCGGGAUGUGAGUAUGGACACUGCUGCGCUUUUCUCCGGUGGUGCGGAUUUAAACAUAUCUCAACGUUUCUUCACUUUUUUCAAAAAAACAAAUCAAGUUUAGCACAAAUUCUAAAUGGAGCCUGAUGAGAGUAAGAUAUCUGUGUGGGUCUGCCGGGAGGAAAAACUUGUCCUCGGCCUGUCAAAGCGCACAACCUGCUCGGAUGUCGUCAAAGUGCUCCUGGAGGACCAAAACUCCCAGCACAGUGGCCUUACUGCGGGACAGUCCUACUGCAUCGUGGAGAAAUGGAGGGGGUUCGAGAGGAUUUUGCCGAACAAGACGAAGAUUUUGCGGCUUUGGGUGGCGUGGGGAGAGGAGCAGAGGAACGUGAAGUUUGUGCUGGUGAGAAGCGAGGCGUCUUUGGCGAACCACGGAGCCCGGAGCGCAGAGGCGCGGGUGGUGCUCAGCAAACAGAGCCCCUGUGUUACCAAGGGGCCCGCGAGGACUCCCGUGACUUCGGUCUCACCGGAGAAGCAGCGUCGGAUCGUGAGGAAAGCUUUCAGAAAGUUGGAGAAGAUCAAUAAGAAGAGGGCAAAGGCGGCGCACAGAGAUGCGUCUUGCGCGGAGAGGAUGGAGACUCUGGUCCAUCUGGUGGUCUCUCAGGAUCAUACACUCCGACAGCAGAUCGAGAGGAUUACAGAGCUGGACGCAGAGAUCGAAAUGUGCGAGGCAAAGGUGCAUUUUGACAGAAUUAAAAGACACGGGAUUAAUUACGUGCAAAAUACUUAUUUGGUGGGCGCUGCUGCAGCUUCCAGCCAAGAGGGAGACAAAGGGUGUUCAGCUGAGACUUUGGCCAAGUUUGAGGAGUAUGUGCGACAGUGUGAGGAGGUGGUCAGACUACAAGAGGAGCUGUGGGAGCAGGAAGCCCUCAUAGACACCGUCUCGUCGCAGAUCCAGGAGGAGCUGAACCGCCGCUGGAUGCAGCGGAGAGGAGGGAACUGGAUGGAGCUGCAGAGCAAAGACUCGGAGCCUGGUUGCGGCUCGUCAUCCCUCCCCACAUCCGAGCCAGGCGCAGCAUCAGAAAACGAGCUUCUUUUGGAAGAAGAGAGGAUCAGGACGCAGCUAGAUGCGAGUUUAUACAUCGGUCUGCGCCUCAACGCAGAUUUAGAGGCUAUUAGGAGCGAUUUAGAGCUGACCCAGCAGAUUUACGGGGCGAGGGAGAAGGAGAUGAGGGAUUUGCUGGAGAAAGUGAACACUCUGGCUAUAGAGGAAGGGACAGGGGGCGAGGGGAGGUGUAGCCACGGGACAGGCGAUAAGACGGGGAUGAUGAGCACUUUGGAGGGGAAAAGCGGGUGGGUGGAGCAAGCCAGGGGUCUGUCAAAAAAAGCUCCCAGUGUGAACGACGACGACUCAGACACUGGCUUAAGUUCUCUACACAGCCAGGACUCAGACAGCCUCCCUGUGUGGGAGUCAUUGGUUUAGGAUUUUACCAGGAAAGUGGCUUAUCUGCCUGAGGAAAAAAAAAAAUCUACACUCUCAGGGAUCAGAAAUACUCUGAAUAAACAAAAACGUCUCUGUAAUAUUUGGGGAAGAUGUCGUUUUUUGUUUUGUUUUUUAUCUUUGUAUGGCCUCAUAAACAACCCCUUAUUCUGCUACUUUUAUAAAACCCUUCUUGAACUGGUUCAGGAACUACACUUAAUCUACCCAAGAAUCUGUAUUUUAGCACAUUAAUAACCCGGUUUGAUGCUUCAUUUGCUUCCCUUUUCUUAAAAAAAAAAAAAAAAAGAAAAGAAAGAAAGAAAAAAGAAAAAGAAAUAAACCAAUAAAACCUUGUUUUGUCUGGGGCAUGUCUGGGUUAAGAGAUGACAUAUGCCAGAAUCAGGUUUCCACAACCUCUGCCAUAA